AUGAGGCGCUCCUGUUCUCUCUGUGGGCAAGUUGCCAACGUAGAUAGCAUGAGGCGGAUGUAUCCGUCCUCGAGAAAGCCCAAUUUCAUCUUAGCGGCUUUGCUGUCGUUGCUGGGUCUCGUGGAUAGGGCGCUUGUUGAUAGUGUUUGGGAGACACUAUGCAGGAAUAGAAUCUAUGUGUGCCAUAUUCACGUUGUGCGAGCGUGGAAGAACCGUGUCGUAUUACGAAGACCGGAUGCAGAAGGAAGCACUGCUUACUUCUGCACUGAUGAUAUCCCGACGGGUCUCGUUGAGAACAAUAUGGCCAUAAGUGCCCGGGAUGUGUGGUCUUUCAUAAAUGCCGCUAUGAAGAAGUAUCGUGGGACUUCUCUGUGGCCGGAACACUAUGCGGAGGAGGAGGAGGGUAUGUUGGAAGAGGCUGACCGCAGCAUGGCUGCGCCAGGAGAGCAUGGUGAUCCUGAUUCAGUCGUGAAAGAGGAGAUGGAUCAAGAAGAAGGAUCAGUCAUCAAGACAGAGGCAGACUGUGGUGACGACACUGACAAUGCUGAAGAAUGCGAAGAGGUCACACAUGCGGAAAAAGAGAAGGUCACUCAGGCACUUCAACAUAGUGUCUGCCUACCUUGA